AGUACAGAGCUGAACCUGAAUGAGCUUCGAGACAUGGCUUCGCGUCAGCAACAGCAGAUAGAGAUGCAGCAACAGAUGCUGGUUGCCAAGCAACAGAGACUUAAGUUCCUCAAGCAACAAGAGGUGAAGCAUCAGCAAGUUGCGAUUGAGAACGAGAGGUUGAGAAGGCUAAGAGACAAAGUUGAACAACAAGAGAUGAAGCUGCAGAAGCUGAGGGUAAUGCAAGGUCAGGCAGACACUGCCAAGGUCACCAACACCAAUCUUUCAGCUGAACUUGAGAACCUGCGAUCGAUGUUCAAGGAGAAAGAGCAUGAGCUUGCCAAUGCGGUGGCCAAGGUGGACCAACUUACACAUCAGCUGGAGAACAUCAGGAGAGGAAACACAGGAAGCUCACUGCAGUCUUCAGCAGCCUCUCAGGAACUUGAGAGACUCCGGAGAGAGCUCUUACAUCGCAAUCAGAAGAAUGAUCAACAGAGUAGGUUGGUAGAAAAUCAGAGGAAGGUCCUCGGCCAGAGAAAGGGUGAUGUGAUCCUUAUCGACAAGAGAAUUGAAGAACUGACCGAGCUUCUCCGACAGAAAAGAUCAAUGCAGAACCAGCAGCGACAGUCCCCUGUUCCAGGCGGACAGAGAUCAGCCCCGUCUAACAAUACCAACAACAAUGCAACAACCAGGAGUUUACCCAAUGGCAAUGUAGGUCAGAUGCGACCAGAUGGACCUCAGGACUAUGACAGGAGCAGCCCCCAGUCGGACAGUAGUGGUCAGUAUCCCGGUCAGAGGCCACCGCUGGCACCUCGUCCAAACCGCCUUUACAAUGGAACCAACGGUAGUGAUGGUAAUCGACAGAGGCCUGUGGUGCCGGGCAACAAACCAGUUCCUGCUCCAAAGCCAUCCAUUGUUAAUCACCCAGGAGGGUUCAAACCUCGCACAGGAUCAUCAGUGCCGAUCACAGGACCUCAAGGAACUCCUCUGGUUCCUUCACAGACGCACCUAGAUGCUGGGCAGAGGAAGCCUGAGGGAAACGUUGAUGCUAGUGGGAGUGAGACUUCCUCUUUGACAGAGAACUCUAGUCUGGACAGUGUACCCAGCUCUACUAGCUAUUCCCACCUGAGACAGAGUGGAAACCUUGCAUCAAACAACAGGCCAGGUGCAGGAUCUCCUAACCAAGGUGUUGGCAACCGUUGGCCAGGGCCAAACAGGCCAGGUUCUCCAAGUCAAGAUAAUAAAGAUCUCCGGGUGCAAGUCCAGAGAAAUCUUCCACUCUCCCAGAAUGAUCCUCGAGGAAAUUACCUUUUUAACCGUCCUGCUGGCGACAGGUCUCCUAUGUAUAGUCCAAGUGGUCAACCCUCUUCUUCAUCAUGGGACACCACUGACCUUGAUUCUACACAACUGCCACCUCCGGCUCAGCAAGGUGUCAUGAGGCACCCUCCAUCUCCGACGGGAAAGAAAGGCCCACCUCCACCUCCAAGAAAUGAAAAUACCAGGUUAACAAACUAUGGUAAUGUUACCCCAUCCUCUAGUGCUCCGAGUUCCCCUUUCCAAGGUCCAAGCAAGUCAGUUUAUGGCCAGGCUAACUCUUCUCAUGGUCCAGAUUCCACUCUUCCUCCCACUAGUGAAAGCACGGAUUCCACCCGGCCUCAUCACCAACGAUCACCGGCCACCGUUGGCAUGUAUGCCCCUCCACCCAAUGCCCAUGAUCGCAACUACAACAGGCCAAGCUUUGAGCAAGGUUACCACAACCCACCCUAUUACCCAGGACGAUCAAUGAACUUCCACACCUCUGAUCUCUUCCCAAUCAGCGACAUGCAGGGGUUGCCAGAGGAGUCUGAAGAUGCACCUAUCUCUCCCAACAGACCUGCAAGCCCUGUCAAGUUCCCAACACUCACCCUGCAGCGGUAUAUGGACCCCAAGAGGAUUCACAACAUGCCACGUCCCCUGAAGAAGCGUCUCUCCUACACUGAGAGCAAGGAUGAGAACUUCUCUUUCCUGAAUGCCGAGCUUCGCAACAAGCUUCCUUUCUACCAGCAGGACCCAAGUCUACCCCAAGCCAAGCCUGAAGGAUUCCAUGUUCCAAAUCAGCCACAGCACUUCAAGCAGCAACCACCUGCCCCAGGAGGACCUGGAUCCAUCACCUUGGCUCCCAUAGCUUCAGGUGAAUCUGACAAAUCCUCAGACACAACCCUUCCUGAGGACACCAAGACUGAACCCAAACCCUCUGGUGAUGCCGACAAGAAAACCGAUAAUCAGAACAGCAAGUACCGAAACGAUGCCAUCAUGAGCCACCAGCAGUAUAGCAAGGCUCUGUCUCAAGUUGGUCGGUCACCGAUCAUCGAACAAACCAAGAAACAAGUGAAGGGCAUCAAAGGUAUCCUGAAGAAUCCGAAGAGCAAGAGCAAGGGUAUCAGGGUUCGCUUUGAUCCCUUAGCACUCCUCCUGGAUGCAUCUCUGGAGGGCGAGUUCAGCCUUGUCAGACGAAUCAUUCCAGAGGUGUCGAACCCCAGUGGUGCCAAUGAUGAAGGUAUCACUGCACUCCACAAUGCUAUCUGUGCUAACCAUUAUGAGAUUGUCAACUUCCUGAUCCAGUAUGGUGUGGAUGUCAAUUCUCCUGACAGCGAUGGAUGGACUCCACUGCAUUGUGCUGCCUCUUGCAAUAACAUCAUCAUGGUGCGCAACCUGGUAGAACAUGGAGCGUGCCUCUAUGCUACCACCAUCAGUGACAGGGAGACACCGGCCCAGAAGUGCGAGGAGGAGGAAGAGGGAUUCCAAGGGUGCUCGGAUUAUCUCUUUGGAAAGCAAAAUAAGAUGGGCGUCGACCCCAACGUGGCAGUCUGCGCCGUCUACUCCUACUUGGCUGAGAAGGAUGAUGAAGUGAGCUUCCGUGAUGGAGACGAGGUGUUCGUCUUGAAGAAGGGCGAUGAUAAGGAAGAGGAGUGGUGGUGGGCCAGGGUGAACGACAAGGAAGGCUACAUUCCACGCAACCUCUUGGCGUCUUAUCCUCGAGUGAAGCCUCUCUAUAGAUGAUAGCCUUUUAUUCAAAGGUUUCAGUAGCCAUGGACCAAGUAAGAACAGGACCUAUGCAGAGUAGACCAGGACCUGCUUGGACCUGCUUCACAGAACAUUGCUCAUUCUCAUGUUGUAUUACACAAUCAAUGGAAGGAUUGUUGAAGGAUUUAGACUAGUUCCUUUCCCAACUUUCCCCUCUUUGGCACAAAAGGCAUUCCUGUCUGUUGACUGGUUGUCGACCUGGCUGUAAAAGUGAUGGACACUGUUAUAGAAAUGUAUCAUACAAGUAAAAGAUCAGUGACUUUAUAUAGUAGUUGUAUUUAUUAUUUGUUUUGGACUUAUUUUUAUUCAGAUUUAUCAUUUCCUGUUUCAUUCAUAGUCAAUGUAUGAAUUUGAAUGAAUGUAUCAUUUAUUAUUAUAUACUAUUAUAUAUCUGUUAUCAAUAUCUUGCACUCUGCACUGUGAAGAUUUCAAGUGGUACAUCUGUCAGAAUUUGUUAUUAUUAUUUGCUUGGGGUCACCUGUGCCAGGUAGGCAAAAUACGAACUGAAUCACUAUGACCGCAGGUCUCCCCUCCCGAUAUAACUGAUUGGGGGAGUGCAGGUGGACCACUACACCGAGGUUUCCCCCUUCUCUCAUACGAAUAGUGCAGUGGGUUCUUAACAUGCAAAGGUGGCGACUCUUCUCUACACGGGACCUCCAUUUAAUGUCCUAUCAGAGUGACAGAGUGUUUUCCACUGUAGCAUAGCCUGCAUCUAUGAAACAUGGGAGAGACGUUUACACACAACACAGGCUUCAGUGGUCUGCCCAGGGUGGACUCGAACCCACAACCUUUGGUUCAACAGGCAGACACUUUACCGACAGGACCAACCUAAUUUAUUUGAAUCAAAUUGAUUUAUAGUAUCACUGUGGUAGAUAAGAAGAAGUGUUCUGUUAUUUGGUUUGGGUUACUGGUGAUUAUUUUCUCAAUUAGUAAUGUAUUAAAAAUAGCACAGAACUUGGAACCCAGUUCGCCUCCUCCCAUAUAGGCCUAUCCAUUUUUUUCAUAUUCUUGAUACCAACAUGUAUACCCUGCCAUCAAAUAAGUGGAAAUUAAAUUGUGAAUUUUUGGUUUUAAAAAUAUGAGCCCUUUGAUUUCUUCUCUAUUUUUAAGGCAGGACUGUCUGGAAGCUCACUAGAAAAAUUUAUAUUUCUAUUAACUAUUCAAUUCUUCAGUUAUGAACAAGAGGUUGUCCAUAAUCAAAAUGCAAUGGAAUACCUUAAGAUAUAGAAAAAUACAGAGCAUAUUUACUGUAGGUUCAUGGUAUUCAAAGUAUGUGUUCUUAUAUGUGUUGUCAAUGGAGUUGUUAAAGCUAUCUUCAUCUAAACGACAAACCGACGUACAGUUUUGUGCCCACCCAACAAGCGCAAUUUUCCUGUGGCAAUGAAAAUGCUGACAAUUUGGUAUAAAUAAGUUUCCACCACUAUAAGCGUGAUCAUUCAUGACAAUUACUGAGCUACAUAAAUAUUUUUUUGUUAUAUGCCCGUCCUAUGGGAAGUAUUAUGGUAUCACGCUCGGUGUCCUUCCGUUCGUCUCUCCAUUAACUUUUCCUUGUAAACGCGAUAAGGUCAGUUUAACUUAACCUAAGCUCAUAUAACUUGGUGUGUAUGAUACUAGCAUGGAUCCCAGGGAGCCUAUUGAUUUUGGGGUCAAAGGUCAAGGUCACAGUGACAUCUUUUCAUCUUACCCUUCUGCAGUCCUUGUAAGCAUAACUACAGUUUAACUUAACCUACACUCAUAGUAUUUGGUGGUGUAUGAUACUAGCCUGGAUUCAGGAAGCCUAUCAGUUAUGAGAUCAAAAGGUCAAAGUCACACUGACAUGUUUUCAUUUUACCUUUUCUGCAGUCCUUGUUAACGCAAUAACUUCAGUUGAACUUAAUCUAGGCUCAUGUUAUUUGGUGUGUAUGAUACUAGCAUGAAUCCCAGCAAGAGUAUUGUUUUUGAGGUCAAAGGUCAAGGUCACAUUGACAUGUUUUCAUCUUGCCCUUCUGCAGUCCUUGUAAACGCGAUAACUUCAGUUUAACUUAAUCUCGGCUCAUGUUAUUUGGUGUGUAUGAUACUAGCAUGAAUCCCAGCAAGCGUAUUGAUUUUGAGGUCAAAGGUCAAGGUCACACUGACAUGUUUUCAUUUUACCCUUCUGCAGUCCUUGUAAAUGGGAUAACUUCAGUUUAACUUAAUCUAGGCUCAUAUAAUUUGGUGUAUAUGAUACUAGCAUAGAUCUCAGGAAUUCUAUUGAUUUUGAGGUCAGAAGGUCAAGUCGCCACCUUCCACUUUUCUUGCUUGACCAAUAACUAUAUUCUGUGUUAGAGGCGGGCGUAUUAUGUGCUCGCCUUAGCGACACUCUUGUUUCCAUUAUUGCUACACAUACUUUCAGUAUAAAAUGAAAAUGUUGAAAUACUGGUAAAAAUAAUUUGCCACCAUGAAAAAAUUACUGAAUAUCUAUAUUGCUUGUUUCUACAUGUAUUAUUUCUACACAUAUUUCCAAUUUUAGAAAUCAAAGAUUUUGGUUGUGUCUUGUGCUUACACUGCAUGAGACAUCUGUUUAUAUUUCUCUUUUCUUUUCCUUUUCCAGUAAUAUAACUUGACAAUGCUGUUCACAUGGUAUUCAGCUUGGUGCUAAUAUUUUAUAGGGAGAGGAUUUUAUAUUUUACACAUAAAGCCACAUUUUAUAAUACAUUUAUGUUUUUAUAUCUUUAUCAUUGGUUUUCAUUACAUAUUUAUCAAUGCAUUUCAUUAUGUGGACUUUAACAGUUGAAUGAAUGAACUUGAAUUUUUGGAACAUCAAUGAAAUUCUGCUGAAGUUUUCUUUGAUUAAAAAAAAUCAUUAAGUCUAAUGUUUAAUCCCGAGUAUUCAAGAUAUAUCAAGUAUUCAGUAGGUAAUCAGUCCUUUCAUUAUGAAGGAAAGUAAUUGUACAGAAUCUUGCACAAUCUGUAAAUUAAUUUGCACUAUGAACUUGUAUUCGUUAUAUAAUGGAUGUUGAUGCGAUGGAUUCAUUUUUUAUUGUAUUCAUAUAUUUGAUUAAGGUGGAUUUUAGGAAGUGGUCCUGUUACGAGUACCGUAUUCAGAAAGAGCUGCACAACGUGUACAUACAUAGAAUGUUAUUAUGUUUUUGAGUAAUUUGAUGUACAGAUCAAUGUACCGUUAAGAAUAAUAUUGUAAUGAAACAGUUCCUUACAAGAAUAA